AUGACGAAGUAUAAUAUGACACCAAGGUACCUCGUGUCUGCUUUGAAAGACAAAGACCCAGAAAAUUUCACGAGUAUUACCCAGAUAUACCGAGCUAGAACAACAUACAUAAUGGGCAAGAGAAGUGCAAUGACAGAAAUGCAAAUGUUAUUGAGCCUUAUUCACCAAGAGAAAUACAUGUGUUGGUCUGGAAAUAAGAAGAAUUCAGGUAUUGUGGCUGAUAUCUUCUGGACACACUCUGACUCUGUCAAGUUGUUGAAUAUGGUUCCUCUGGUGUUGAUUUUUGACUGCAUAUACAAAACAAAUAGAUACAAGCUACCACUGUUUGAGAUUGUUGGUGUUACAUCAACAAAAUUGACAUUUUUAGUUACUUUUUCAUAUUUGGAACAUGAAAGGGAGGAGAACUUCACAUGA